AUGCUUCUCAACGCCACAACCGCCAUCUCCACCUCCAAGGUGCUUCUAGUCCCAUACGCGAAAUGGCAUGUUCUGCGAUAUCACGAAUGGAUGAAGGACGAGGAAAUCCAAGAAGCAACAGCUUCCGAACCCCUCACACUAGAGGAGGAAUACGCCAUGCAAGAGAGCUGGCGCAACGAUCCCGACAAACUCACAUUCAUCAUCUGUCUCCCGGCACGCAAUCCACACGGAAACACCCCCCACCUAACCGAGGAGUGCGACGCGCCGGCCCGCAUGGUCGGGGACAUCAACCUCUUCCUCCGCAUCGAGGACGGCGGCGAAGAAGGAUCCCGGCCCCAGAUCAUCGGGGAGAUCGAGCUCAUGAUCGCCGAGAAAAAGGACCAGCGGCGCGGGUUCGGGAAGGCUGCCCUUUUAGCCUUCUUACGGUAUGUCAUUGGACACGAGAAGGACCUUGUCCGGGAGUUCUUGAGCAGGGAUGAGAUGGAGGGGUCGGAUGCGAAGAUUGCAGCGCUGAGUGUGAAAAUCGGACAAGCGAACGAGCGCAGUCUUGCAUUGUUUGAGGGAGUACAGUUCAGAAGGAUCAGCGCGGAGCCGAAUUAUUUCAGGGAGUGGGAGUUGAGACGCACGGAUUUGAGACGCGUGUCUGUUGAGGAUGCGUUGGUGGGAGCAGGGGUUGGAGGGUAUGUGGAAGUGCUGUAUGAGCGGAGUCAGUAG